ACUUCACGUUGGUCACGUGACUGUACUAGUUCCUAUUCCGUGAACUGUGACCGAUGGACUCAAACAGAAACACAGAAGAAUAGAAACUGACAGCUCUGGGUGAGACUGGUAAGUGUGUGGUUAAAAUGCAGCCAUCUUCAUGUGACACCUUCGUGGCUCUACCUCCCUCCACUGAAGGACAACGGAUCAUCUUUGGGAAGAACUCUGACAGGCCUUGUGAUGAAGUCCAGGAGGUUGUGUAUUUUCCUGCCAGAGAUUAUGCUGCAGAGGAGAAGGUUGAGUGCACAUACAUAGAGAUAGAGCAGGUUGGCCACACUUAUGCAGUGGUGUUGAGCAGACCGGCCUGGCUGUGGGGGGCAGAGAUGGGCGCAAAUGAGCAUCAAGUGUGCAUUGGAAAUGAAGCAGUGUGGAGCAGAGAGUCCGCUGAUGAUGAGGAGGCUCUUCUCGGCAUGGAUCUCGUCAGGCUUGGGCUUGAGAGAGCUGAUACAGCUGAGAAGGCUGUGGAUGUCAUCACUGAGCUGCUGGAGAAAUACGGUCAGGGAGGAUCAUGUAUGGAGGAUGAAAGUGGCUUCACCUACCACAACAGCUUCCUCAUCUCAGACCGGAAGGAGGCCUGGCUGCUGGAAACGUCUGGAAAGCACUGGGCAGCAGAGAGAGUGGAAGAUGGAUAUUGCAACAUCUCCAACCAGUACGGUAUAACAACUAAGAUAGACAAGGAACAUCCAAAAAUGAGGGAGUAUGCUCAAAGCAAGGGCUGGUGGGAUGGAAAGACAGAGUUUAACUUUGCCACAGUCUACUCCUUUAUGACUACAGCCAGAAUAGAAGCUUCUGGGAGCCGAUACUGUGAGGGGAAGCAGCUGCUGGAGAAGAGCAACGGUCACAUUACUGCGGAGACGAUGAUGGGUAUCCUGAGGGAUAAAGAUAGUGGCAUCAACAUGGAGGGCAUGUUCAUGUCAACAGGCAGCAUGGUGUCUGUGAUACCCACAAACCCUGAGCUGCCGGGGGUUCACUAUUUUACUGCAACUCCAGACCCUGAAAGGUCUGUUUUCAAACCGUUCAUCUUUGUGGAAAAUGCUCGGCCAUUAAAGGAGACGUCUUCCCCCAGUUAUGGUCCAGAUGACCCCGUGAAGAAGAAACCCCGCUUCCAGAGCAAACCCAACCGCAAACACGAGUUGUUUGUCAAACAUGAACUUGUGGCUGCCAUCAUUGAAUCCUACAAGGACAGAGGACAGAAGAUCACCAAAAACAUGAGGGACCUAGAGAGAAUGAAGAUGAUAGAAAUGGAGAAGAUUCUUUCAAGUGGUGUUGACAAGCCUGAUAUUCUGGCAGACCUGUUCUCAAGGUCUGUUCAGGAGGAAAUGACUGUUUACAGCAAAAGUUAAGAGGCUUUUUACUACUUUUUAAUCAGGUGGAAGGACAAAUGUGCAUAAUAAACCAUACAUGUGUACACAACUGAAUACUAACUAAAAUCUAUGAAACUCAUGAAUCCUGCAAUGGAAAAUAUGGACUAAAAUGUUGCCUAGGGUUAGAACCAUUCAUCUGAAAUACUUUCUGUGCAAUUAUGCAAUAUAUGGAAUUUAUUUUAAAUAACACAUAAUUAUCCAGCGUUUGGGAGAAAGAUGCACAUUGUAUUAGUAACUUUAUUAAAAAGACAUAUUUUUACAGCCAUUUUCGCAACAUUUUUGCGUUAAUAACACGUUUCACUUAAAAAAAGCCACAAACAUUUAUCUUUAAUUACAUCAUUGUGCAAGGUAAAGAAGAAUAACAGCAGCUCCAGCUUUUAAGGAUAUGAGGAUUAUAUGAAAUAGGAUAAUUCAUUUUUCAAGUCAAGAUGAGCAUUUUCAAGUACAAACACCUGAUUCCUUCAAGUAUUUCAGUCCUUGGGUCAUGCUACCACAUUAUGUUUGGGUUGUAUUUUUGCUUAGAUGUUUUUAAAUGUCUCAACUGACAGUUGUCUUUUGCUAUAAAUAAAUAACAUGGAAACAUGGACAAAACCUUUUGUCCACAACUGGCCAGUCGUUUCUAAAAUGGUGCUGGUCCUGGUAACAGUGUAAACACUGUGGUGCAUCAGUGGCAAGUCAUAUUAAACUGCAGGUUACCAAAGCAACACUACUUGUGCUUAAUGCUACAUUAGCUGUUUAAACUAACUAAACAAACUCUGUAAACUGGAUCAAGAAAAUCAUCCCCAUCUUCCCUUUAUUCCUUUGGUUAAUGGCUUUGGUAGAACAGUGAUAAUGCACAAAGAGGUGUCCCAUUGUAGGAAACAAUACAUUCAGCAGGAGUGGGAAUUUUAUUUUUGUCAAUAAAUUUGUUUGAUGAGAA